AAAAAAGAUCGUUAAUCCAUGAGACAGACGAUAUUGACGAUGGUGAGUGAAAGUGAGAAAUCGAUCGAAUUGAACCUGCUUUGUGAUAUAAAAAAUAAGUAAAAGAUAAAAAACGGUGAAAAGCGCGUCCUCGUUAAAAUGGACAGAAUUUAUUAAACGCGCGAAUCUUUGAAUUUCCGUCGCGAUAUAAAUUUAAUUGAGAAAAAAAAAAAAGAAAGGAAAAUUUAAAGGAGGAAGAAAAAGCACAAGAAAAAUCGGGUAAAAAUGGAUCACAACGAGGACAUUUUAUGCGGUCAAAUGGAUUCCAGUGCCUCGUCGUCAAACGCGGCGCUCAGUCCAAGAACGCCACCGAAUUGUGCCCGUUGUAGGAAUCAUAGACUAAAAAUAGCCCUCAAGGGUCACAAGAGAUACUGCAAAUAUCGUAGCUGUAACUGCGAGAAGUGUAGAUUAACCGCGGAACGGCAGCGUGUCAUGGCGCUGCAAACCGCGCUGAGAAGAGCCCAAGCCCAGGACGAAGCCAGGGUCAGAGGGCCUGAAGAACAGGUGGACCCUCGUUCGGUGGUUGUGGACGUCGCCGAUCGUUUGAUAUCGGUGCCUCAACCCGAGAGAUCGAGUUUAGAGGGUAGCUGCGACAGCAGCAGCGGGGGAUCGCCGGUGAGCAAUCACGACAGCAACGGAGGGCACAGCGGAAUCGGCGGACCGGUCGUGACGAUACCACCCUCGCAAAAACUGCCCGCCAUUUACCCCCACGGCCCCCCCGCCUCGUAUUUACCGCAGCGGCGAAACGGUGAGAACGUCGAGGUUCUACUAGAGUACAGUACCAAACUCCUAGAGCGUUUCCGGUAUCCUUGGGAAAUGCUACCCCUAAUGUUCGUUAUAUUGAAAGACGCGAGAGCCGACCUUGAGGAGGCUUCUCGACGCAUAACGGAAGAUGCAACAACACAAGAAUUACUUUCACCAUGCAUGACUAUGAUCUCUUAUACUUGUUUGUUAAUAUUUAUCAGUAGAUACACAGCAUUGGCUGUUAAAAUUAUCUUUCAUAAUCAUCGGAUAGAAUUGUUCGUUUGAAAAAGCAAAAAAAACUUUUUCUCUCCAAAAACGUACAGUUAAUGCAUGCAAAUCAAUAUACCAAAAAAAUCUCUUAACACGUGAAAGCUUGAGAAGAAUGCUAUAUAGAAGAAGAAAAACGCUGUUUUAUAGCGCGUAUAUUUUCCUAUAAAUUCUAUUUCUUGAUAUUUUCAUAUUGUUUUCGUUCACUUGUCAAUAUUGCACAAGAGAUCAUUAAUUAAAAUACCCUGAGAAUCCAACGAUCAAAUCUGAAGUUGAAUGAACGAGUUCACCUUUAAGGAACAUCAAGCAAAAAAGAAAAUAAUUCACCGCAUCAAUUGAAGAGGAAAAAAAAAAACCACAUUUUCGUCACUGAAGAUCUGUUACUGGAUUAACGGAAAAAUUUGAAAUACUCGAAGAUAAUUAAAUUUCAUCACUGAAGAUCUGGAUGUUGAAUAAACUAAUCGAUUAAUUCCACAUUAAGUUAAAUUGCUAAAAACUGAAAAAGAGAAUAACUACAAUUUCAUCACUGAAGAAUAUUAUCACGGACAGUAUUA